UUUAAAUUGUAUUUGAGUUAUCUAAAACGUAUACUCUUGGUUUCAUAGCUCAAAUGAAACGUUUCAUUAUUUAAAAUAAAAAUAAAAAAAAUAAAUAACCAGUGCGGUGCAUUGUGGGAAGCGUAUGCUUUAUUCUUCCGGUUUGAAAGGCUCGGAUGAGGACGCCGUCGUCAACAUCACGUUGGCCACAAAUGUCAGGUCUUUUCUUUCACCAGCGGAUUGUUGGACGAGCAAGUACAGCAGGUCCUCGCUUGGUUCGGAGACAAAUCAUAAAAAGACUCUAUUGAAGCCCUGCUUGUAAAUCAGCAGCGACAAGUUCAUGGUUAGUUGGCUGACUCUCAGUUGCUUCAUGGUCAAUAAUGGAAUAACAUGGAAUCAACUGAAAACUCUGCUGCAAGGGUCUAUUUCUGAAAAUCAUUCCUGGCUUAUGUCUGAGGACUGGAGCAGUGAUGACUGCGGUGAAGUCACAAAAACAUAUGUGGAGAAUACCGAUGUGUGCAAAGCCAAAUGUUGGGAGUGUGGUAAACGCUACCACAGUUUGUACAGCCUGAUCUCCCACUACACCAACCACAACAUUGAGGCCAUCUGCAACAUCUGUAAGGUGACGUUCCAGCGUCUGACAUCGCUUUCCUUACACCUGGACAACGUGCACUCUCCGCCUCUGUGCAUGAAGUGCCGCCGCGGCUUCGGCAGGGUGUGGGAACUGAACAAGCACGCAGUCACUUUGUUCACGCCGAAAGCGGCAGAGAACUUGCCUAGUCGAAAGCUCACAGGAGGAGAGAAUAUACGAAGACGAAAGCUCACAGGAGGGGAGGACAUACAAAGUUGAAAGCUUGCAGGAGGCGAUAACAUUCAAAGUCGAAAACUCUCAGGAGGAGAGAACAUUCAAAGACGAAUGCUCACAGGAGAAAAGAACAUAUGAAGACGAAAGCUUACAGGAGAAAAGAACAUACAGAGUCUAAAGAUCACAGAAUCAAAGGACAUCAAAGUUGAAAGUUCAGAGGAAAGAACAUUCAAAGUAGAAAGCUUACAGGAGCAAAAACCUUACAAAGACAAAAACUCACAGGAGGAAAGGACAUACAAAGUUGUAAGCUCACGGGAGGUGAGGACUUUCAAAGUCUAACAUUUACAGGAGCAAAGACCAUACGUACUCGAAAGCUCACAGGAGGAGAGAACACACUUUGGCAAAAGCUCACAGGAGCAGAUAACACACUUAGAAGAAAACUCACAGGAGCUGAGAACAUACAAAGUCCAUAGCUCACAGGAGGAGGUGAGAACUUUCAAAGUCGAACGCUUUCAGGAGCAAAGGACAUACGAAGACGAAAGCUCACGCUCACAGGAGCAGAUAACACAAUUUAGACAAAAACUCACAGGAGGAGAGAACGUACAAAGUGGAAAGCUCACAAGAGCAGAUAACAAUUAGUGGAAAGCUCACCGGAGGAGAGAACACACUUGGACGAAAGCUCACAGGUGCAAAGAACAUACAUAGAAGAGGGACAUGCAGUCGUCAGAGAGGCCGGAGAUGUCUGGACACAGCGUUGAGUAUACUCUGGGCGACUGGGACCUGGGAAAGCCCAUUGAGUCCGAUGAAUUUAGCACAGAUGAGUCGACAAGCACCGCCUCCGAGAACGAGGACAAUUACGACGACGCAGCUUAUGCCAAAAGAGCAGGAAGUUAUCGCAAUGACGCAGAAUCUGACUCGAGUUCCACCGAUUCCUGCUAUGCCGCCGAGACUCCAGCUUCAAGCACACCCAAGGCCGACCCGUCGGGUAACGUCUCCAUGUGCAACGAGUGCGGCCGAGGACCCUUCAGGUCUUUGAAGCUGCACCGGCUGCACUGCAGUCGUGUCAAAGUCAAAUACAUGUGCUCCCGCUGCAAGGCGCUCUUCCCCAGUGAAGCGUCCCUCUCGGAACACUACAUCCCGCUGUGCUCCUGUGACGACUGCGGCCAGGUGUUCACCAACCGGGACUCCCGCCAUCAACAUCCGUGCUCCAACAGAGGCAGCUCGCGUCUGAUAUACUUUUGUUCCGAGUCCAUGCCCAAAGCAUGCGCCAUAUGCAAAUCUUUCUUUGUCAAUGAAAAGAGCUUGUUAAACCACGUCACUAGAGUGCACACGUCAGUUGUCAGCACCAAGUUGUGCAUCGUCACGGGGCGGACCAACAAAAAGUUGGACGUUGCCGGAGUCGCUGCGAGUGGUUCUGAGCCCUUUGCUCCAACGCUCCAGGCGUCGAGCAGCCACCCCGCUUGUCAGAUCCCUAAUGUGUUCAAGCAUGUGGGUAACGGCAAGCUUUCCACCUCCAAAGUACUGGUCAAGAAGACUUCUCUCGUCACUUCAGGACAAGGACUGGACAAGGGCUCUGACCCUGGGAUUCUGGCCGUGUUCCAGAACCAAAGCCAGAAGGCGUCUUUGACCCAGCACAUAACUAAGGGAUGGCGCUCCAAGCCGUCCCACCCCUGCAGGCAAUGCGGAACCAUCCUGAGGCAGCCUUACCUCGCCAUCAGCCACCGCUACCUCCAUCGGGGCCGCCGCCUGCACCGGUGCCAGUGCGGCCGGGCUUUCAAGCACCGGCUGCACCUCCUGCGACACUGCGUGCAGCACGCGGAGGCCAAGAGCUACAUCUGCGUCAACUGUGGCAACACUUUCGCGGGAGCCAGACACUUCGCAAAGCACCUGAGGGGCAAAACGCGGAAGAAACGUCGGGCAAAGUGCAAAAUGCCCUUCGAGUGCGGCUGCGGACUACUCUUUUACCGGCCCUCCGCAUACAUCUGGCAUCAGCUUAAAAACAAUGUUAAAAGCAGACGUUUGACAAAAAGGGGGAAAUGACGAGAGCCAGUAAAAAAGUGUCACACCAAAAGUCAUUUAAUUGUCACUGUAUUUUUAAUUCCAACAACAACUUUUAAUAACGUGCAAAAGAUACAACAGUAAACAUAGUUCCUUCCAUAAGUCACUGUUUUUCCCUUCAGUAUUACAUUUUUUUUUAAAUCAAAGCUCCAGUUUAUCCUCUUGAGGUUUGUCCAGUUUUUUUGUUUGUUUUUUACAAAGUGCUUGUUUUCCAAUGAGGUAUCACUGAUGUCUAUCUUUGAUUUUUAAUGCUUAUGAGAAAACUAAUUAUGUGUGACCAUGUUUAAGCCCUUCAUAUUCAGGUGCAUCUAAAAAAAAGUAAAUUAUGGUGACCCUUCUUUUCAGGAGUUCACUUCAGAUUUGAGACUAAUUAAAAAGGCUAAUCUGAUGUUUACACCAAUAUUAAACUUUUUACAAUUUUCCUCUUUCAUGAGUAAUUGAAUUUUAUAAAACAAAAAACUUAAAUUAUUACAGUAAUCCCUCAUUUGUCGCUGUUAAAUGGUUCCGGACAUAGAUGAAUUGCCACUAAAUGGGAAUGAUUCAUUAUGAAUCAAAUACGUUCCUAGCUAGAGCGUAAACAACAUAUUUACGCCUUUCUGAGUACAUUUUCAACAUUAUGACAGCCCUUUAGACAUGAAAUUGCAUUAAUAUAAUCACCUUUACACUCUUAAAGGCCUACUGAAAUGAGAUGUUCUUAUUUAAACGGGGAUAGCAGGUCCAUUCUAUAUGCUAUACUUGAUCAUUUCGCGAUAUUGCCAUAUUUUUGCUGAAAGUAUUUAGUAGAGAACAUCCACGAUAUAGUUCGCAACUUUUAGUGCUAACAGAAAAGCCCUGCCUUUACCGGAAGUCGCAGACGAUGACGUCACAUGUUGAUGGCUCCUCACAUCUUCACAUUGUUUUUAAUGGGAGCCUCCAACAAAAAGAGCUAUUCGGACCAAGAAAAUGACAAUUUCCCCAUUAAUUUGAGCGAGGAUGAAAGAUUCGUGUUUGAGGAUAAGCGAUGGACUAGGAAAAAAAAAAAUACGCGAUUGCAUUGGGACGGAUUCAGAUGUUUUUAGACACAUUUACUGGGAUAAUUCUGGGAAAUCCCUUAUCUUUCUAUUGUGUUGCUAGUGUUUUAGUGAGUUUAAUAUUACCUGAUAGUCGGAGGGGUGUCUCCACGGCCGAGUGUCUUGACACCUGUGUCUCAGGGAAGUCGACGGCAGCUUUAUUGACGGCGCAAGUUCAGCUGUUCUCCGGUAAGAAGCGACUUUUUACCACAAUUUUCUCACAGAAAACUGCUGGUUGACAAGUGGUCGGGAUCCAUGUUCGCUUGACCGCUCUUAUCCAUAGUAAAGUUUCACGUCCGGGAAUUUUAAACAAGGAAUCACCGUGUGUUUGUGUGGCUAAAGGCUAAAGCUUCCCAACUCCAUAUUUCUACUUUGACUUCUCCAAUAUUAAUUGAACAAAUUGCAAAAGAUUCAGCAACACAAAUCUCCAAAAUACUGUGUAAUUAUGCGGUUAAAGCAGAUGACUUUUAGCUGUGUGUGUGCGCAGCGCUCAUAUUUCCUAACAGUCCGUGACGUCACGCGUACACGUCAUUACGCGCCGUUUUCAAGAAGAAACUCCCGGGAAAUUUUAAAUUGCAAUUUAGUAAACUAAAAAGGCCGUAUUGGCAUGUGUUGCAAUGUUAAUAUUUAAUCAUUGAUAUAUAUAAACUAUCAGACUUCGUGGUGGGUAGUUGUGGGUUUCAGUAGGCCUUUAAUGUAAUAUAAUUAUGCUGCCUGAGGCUGAGCCAAUCAGCGGCCACGAUACUGAACAGAUUGAUUUGAUUGGUAGUAUUGAUAUUUUAGUUAAUUUAGGACAAGAAAUGUAAAAUAUGCUAAAAAAAAUAAGAAAAUGGAGGCGGUAAGGCUGAGGGACGACUGUAAAUAUGUUAUUGGAAUUAAAGGGUACUCUUUUUUAAUUGAAUUACUGAAAAUAAACUUUUCAAAGAUAUUCAAAACAUUUUUAGAUGCCCCUAUAUAUCACAAUUUUAUUAUAGUGUAAAUUGAUAUUUUAUUUCCUUAGAUCUCCACCAGAUGAAGCAGUCAGGUCACUGAGAACCAGUCUUCAAUGCCCCCACACUAAAUGUAGACUACAUUUCCUGCAUCCCAUCGUUUUGGCCUUACUUUUUGAGAUGGACCAUUUGACACUAUUUGAAAUAAAGGCGUCUUCCUAUAAUACAA